CGUAUAUAUCCACGUACGCCUAUAUUCUAGCUUUACCUUUUCCUUCCUUUUUUCUUUAGCUUAGAAUCUUCGUCCAUAGCAUCAAUACAGCUAUGCCCUGAACCUACGAUCGUGACACAGCUACCACUCUACGCGUCGGCCCAAUCCAACAGUUGUACGGUGGGGUCACUGAAGGUCUGUAGAACCACUUAAUCUCAAUGUGUUGGUUCGAUCUGCAUAUGCCUCGUAUAUUUAACAGUUCAAUUACCCGAGCGAUCCGCAAGUUAGACUCAACUUUACAACAUCACUUUCCGCGAGAAGAGAGAAUCACUGAAGCAUAGCAAAAUGGCAAACCAAGAAGAAACUCCCGUGCCUCUGCCAUCGGCGCCCAUCAUCCAACUCGCAGGCAGCGCUACUCUACAGCCACCCCUCACUCGGCGUGGGUACGGUCCGGGUCUUGUGGUGAUCACGCCCGGAGACCCACCAUCACCGUCUAAGGGUGCGCCGAAAGAUGGCCAGGAGGGUAGCAAUGAAUCAGGCGACUCGAAGGCCAAGACAUUGGACCCUAUGCCUCAGAAGAAAUGGGCUGAGGAGGGCUAUGCAGUCGUACAGCUUACCCCUGAAGGCGGGAAGCAGGAAGAUGAGGGAUGGGACGUCACGGCGGCGUUUAAUCAAGCGAUAGAGGCUCUGGAAAAGCUAGAGACGUGUAAUGUGAAAGAGCGAUUCGGUUUAAUUGUCUACGGGGAGCCAGCAGAGUACAGCACAGGCUUCGCAUCCAAGCUGAAGGCAGCCUACGAAGCCGAAUCUCGCCUUGUAGCUUCCGUCUCCUUCAGCACACCCUGGGAUCUCUCAUCAAGACCAGAACUAGUACACCUAGCCGGACCUGCGCCCACAUCCUCAACUCCGCGCGCAAAUACUCGCCAGCACUACCACGCCUCGGCACAAUCCGCCUCCUUCGUGCUCCCCUCGUCGCCAGACUUCCACUACGGCUCGGCGAGCGUAAGCCACACGCGCAGCCUGUCGUUCCUGCGCGCGCACCUCGGGGGCCCGAUCUUCGACCUCGAGGCCAUCUGGGACGAGCACACGGCGUUCGAAUUCGCGGCGCGCUCCGUGGCGCAAACAAUGGGCACCAUGGUCGACGAGCCGUACGUGAACCACGUGCCCACGCUGACGGGCGGCAUGGGCCGCGAGGCGCUGACAAAGUUCUAUCGUGAGCGCUUUAUCUUCAGUAAUCCCGCGGACGCGGGACUGGAGCUAGUCAGUCGGACGGUAGGGGUGGACCGUGUCGUGGACGAGUUUAUCUGCGUGCUCACGCACGAUCAAGUUGUGGAUUGGCUUCUCCCCGGGAUCCCGCCAACCCACAAACAUCUCCGCAUCCCCUUCACCUCCGUAGUCAACAUCCGCGGGGACAGGCUCUACCACGAGCAUAUCCACUGGGAUCAGGGCACGGCUCUCGCCCAGGCAGGCCUGCUCCCCUCGUAUCUCCCCUUUCCUUACGCGCUCCCCGACGGUCGCACCGCCGGGCCCGGAAAGCGCUUCGAGUACCGCGUUCCCGUAGCCGGGAACGAAACGGCCGCGAAACUCGCGGACGCGGGUGCUCAUCCGAGCAACGGGAUGUUUGAGUACGAAGUGCGCGAGGUGGAUAUGUAGAACCGGACCACUGCAUUAGAGGUUUCGUGGCAGUGGAGAGGCUCGGCCUUUAAGGCACUUUUUAUGGUUGGUCACGCUAACGCUAUUAUAAUCUGCUGGUACC